CGCGGGGGGGGCCAUGGGCUCGGUGUGGAAGCGGCUGCAGCGCGUGGGCAAGCGGGCGGCCAAGGUGCACGUCGUGGCCUGCCUGGAGGAGCUGCUGCUGGAGAGCACCAGGAAGUGGCAGCCCGACAAACUCGUCGUCGUGUGGACGAGGCGCAACCGGCGUGUCUGCUCCAAGCCCCACAGCUGGCAGCCGGGCAUCGGGAACCCGUACUGCGGCACCGUGGCCUGGCUGGUGCCGGAGAACAUCGACAUCGUGGUGACGCUCUACCGGGACCCGCACGCAGACAAGUAUGAAGACAAGGAGUGGACGUUCGUCAUCGAGAACGAGUCGCGGGGGCGGCGCUCGGCGCUUGCGGCCGCCCCGGUGAACCUGGCGCGGUUCGCGGCCCCCGCGCCCGCCGCCGCCGCCGCCCUGGCGCUGCCGCUGCGGCCGCGCUCCCGCAAGGUGGCCGCCGCCUGCCUCCGCCUCACCCUCACGGCCACCGUCCUGCGCGAGGGCCGCGCCACGGACGAGGACAUGCAGAGCGUGGCCAGUCUCAUGAGCAUCAAGCCCUGCGACGUGGCCGACCUGGGCGACUUUGCCGAGAGCGACGAGGAGGACGGGGCGGCUGGCGGGGGGCAGCCGCCGCGGGGGGACGGCGCCGGCCCCGUGCCCCAUGAGCCCCCCUGUGAGCUGGAUGCGCUGGCGGAGGAAGAGGAAGAGCUGGCGGCGGGGAGAGCCGCCCCCCUGGAGCGGGGCUCUACCACGAUGGGGGGCAGCCGCGUGCCCCCGGGCUCCCCCCCAGCGCUGGGGGCACAGGAGGCCCCCCCCGGCCUUGACAGGGAUCCCGAUGCCCCCCCAGUGGGCCCGGGGCCGAGCAGCAGCCAGGUGCUGCUGGAGUGGUGCCAGGCGGUGACGGCCGGGUACCGCGGCGUCCGCGUCACCAACUUCAGCACCUCCUGGCGCAACGGGCUGGCGUUCUGCGCCAUCCUGCACCGCUUCCACCCCGAGCUGGUCAACUACGAGGCCCUGGACCCCCUGGACAUCAAGGGCAACAACAAGCUGGCCUUCGAGAGCUUCGCGGCGCUGGGCGCGGGGCGGCUGCUGGCGCCGGGCGACAUGGUGCUGCCGGGGGGCCCCGACCGGCUCUGCGUCAUGACCUACCUGUGGCAGCUGCGGGGGCUCCUGGCCGCCCCCCCGGGUGCGUCGGCCGCCGGCGCUGCUGCAAAGGACGCUGGGAGUUCGGUCAACCCUGGGGCUGCAAAGGAUGCUGGGAGCUUGGACAACCCUGGGGCUGCAAAGGAUGCUGGGAGUUUGGCCGAUAGCAUCACUGCAAAGGAUGCUGGGAGCUUGGACAACCCUGGGGCUGCAAAGGAUGCUGGGAGUUUGGCCAAUAGCAUCACCGCAAAGGAUGCUGGGAGCACAAGCAAAAAUGCAACUGCAAAGCACUCUGGGAAUUUGGUCAAGUUGGAGGCUCCAAAGGACUCUGGGAGUUUGGCCGAUUGCCUCACUGCAAAGGAUGCAGGGAGUUUGGUCAACCUGGAGGUUGCAAAGGAUGCUGGGAGCACAACCAAAAAAAUAGCUGUAAAGGAUGCUGGGAGCUCAGCCAAAUCUGGGGCUGCAAAGGAUGCUGGGAGCACAACCAAAAAAAUAGCUGCAAAGGAUACUGGGAGCUUGGACAACCCUGGAGCUGCAAAGCAUGCUGGGAAUUUGGCUGAUAGUGUCACUGCAAAGGAUGCUGGGAGCUUGGACAACCCUGGAGCUGCAAAGCAUGCUGGGAAUUUGGCUGAUAGUGUCACUGCAAAGGAUGCUGGGAGCUUGGACAACCCUGGAGCUGCAAAGCAUGCUGGGAAUUUGGCUGAUAGUGUCACUGCAAAGGAUGCUGGGAGCUUGGACAACCCUGGAGCUGCAAAGCAUGCUGGGAAUUUGGCUGAUAGUGUCACUGCAAAGGAUACUGGGAGCUUGGACAACCCUGGAGCUGCAAAGCAUGCUGGGACUUUGGCUGAUAGUGUCACUGCAAAGGAUGCUGGGAGUUUGGCCAACUCGGAGGUUGCAAAGGACGCUGGGAGUUUGACUGAUAGUAUCACUGCAAAGGACGCUGGGAAUGCGGCCACCCCAGAGACUGCAAAGGACGCUGGGACGUUGGCUGUCCCGGAGGCCUUAGAGGAUACUGGGAGCUCCGUCAGCUCAGGGGCUGCAAGGGACUCUGGGAGCACGACCAGCAAAGUAGGCGCAAAGGAUGCUGGGAGCUCGGCCAACUCAGGGACUGCAAAGGAUGCUGGGAUAUUGGCUGUCCCAGAGGCUGCAAAGGACUCUAGGGGCUUGGCCAAUGGCACUAGUGCAAAGGACGCUGGGAGUUCUGCCAACUCAGGGGCUGCAAAGGACUCUGGGAGCUCGGCCAAUGGCCUUGCUGCAAGGGACUCUGGGAUAUUGGCUGUCCCAGAGACCGCAAAGGACUCUGGGAGCUCAGCCAAUGGCCUUGCUGCAAAGGACUCUGGGAUAUUGACUGUCCCAGAGGCUGCAAAGGAUGCUGGGAGUUCAGCCAAUGGCCUCACCGCAAAGGACUCUGGGAGCUCGGCCAAUGGCCUUGCUGCAAAGGACUCUGGGAGCUCGGCCAAUGGCCUCACCGCAAAGGACUCUGGGAGCUCGGCCAAUGGCCUUGCUGCAAAGGACUCUGGGAGCUCAGCCAAUGGCCUUGCUGCAAAGGACUCUGGGAUAUUGACUGUCCCAGAGGCCGCAAAGGAUGCUGGGAGUUCAGCCAAUGGCCUCACCGCAAAGGACUCUGGGAGCUCGGCCAAUGGCCUCGCCGCAGAGGACUCUGGGAGCUCGGCCGAUGGCCUCGCCGCAAAGGAUUCUGGGAUAUUGGCUGUCCCAGAGGCUGCAAAGGAUGCUGGGAGUUCAGCCAAUGGCCUCGCCGCAGAGGACUCUGGGAGCUCGGCCGAUGGCCUUGCUGCAAAGGACUCUGGGAGCUCGGCCGACGGCCUUGCCGCAAAGGAUUCUGGGAUAUUGGCUGUCCCAGAGGCUGCAAAGGAUGCUGGGAGUUCAGCCAAUGGCCUCACCGCAAAGGACUCUGGGAGCUCGGCCAAUGGCCUUGCUGCAAAGGACUCUGGGAGCUCGGCCGACGGCCUUGCCGCAAAGGAUUCUGGGAUAUUGGCUGUCCCAGAGGCUGCAAAGGAUGCUGGGAGUUCAGCCAAUGGCCUCACCGCAAAGGACUCUGGGAGCUCGGCCAAUGGCCUUGCUGCAAAGGACUCUGGGAGCUCGGCCGACGGCCUUGCCGCAAAGGAUUCUGGGAUAUUGGCUGUCCCAGAGGCUGCAAAGGAUGCUGGGAGUUCAGCCAAUGGCCUCACCGCAAAGGACUCUGGGAGCUCGGCCAAUGGCCUUGCUGCAAAGGACUCUGGGAGCUCGGCCGACGGCCUUGCCGCAAAGGAUUCUGGGAUAUUGGCUGUCCCAGAGGCUGCAAAGGAUGCUGGGAGUUCAGCCAAUGGCCUCACCGCAAAGGACUCUGGGAGCUCGGCCAAUGGCCUUGCUGCAAAGGACUCUGGGAGCUCGGCCAAUGGCCUUGCUGCAAAGGACUCUGGGAGCUCGGCCGACGGCCUUGCCGCAAAGGAUUCUGGGAUAUUGGCUGUCCCAGAGGCUGCAAAGGAUGCUGGGAGUUCAGCCAAUGGCCUCGCCGCAGAGGACUCUGGGAGCUCGGCCGAGGGCCUCGCCGCAAGGGACGCUGGGAGCCGGGGCGGCGGGGGGGCGGCGGUGGUGCCCCCCCCGCGGCGGCGCCGCUCGGGCCGGGGGGAGGGCGCCCUGGGGCGCCUGCGCGACGCCGACCUGCUGCGGCGCCGCCGCGGCCCCCGCGCCCUGAGCGCCCCCCCGGGUGACAGUGACGGUGACGGCAGGAGCAGCCCCACGGCCCGGCCGGGCCCCGACGCCCUGGCAGAGCCCGGCCCCACGGAGGAGGAGAGACCGCGCCUGCAGGACGCGGGGCAGUACGUGCUGGCGGAGCUGCGGGCGCUCGAGGACGAGCAGAGGCAGCUCGACGUCCGGGCCGUCGCCCUGGAGCGGGAGCUGCGGCGCCUCAUGGACUCAGGCGCGGACCCCCCCCGGGAGGAGGUGCUGAUCCAGGAGUGGUUCUCGCUGGUGAACAGGAAGAACGCCCUGAUCCGGCGCCAGGACCAGCUGCAGCUGCUGGCGGAGGAGCAGGACCUGGAGAGACGCUUCGAGCUGCUGAGCCGGGAGCUGCGGGCGAUGCUGGCCACCGAGGACUGGCAGAAGUCGGCGGCGCAGCAGCGGCGGGAGCAGCUGCUGCUGGACGAACUCGUGUCGCUGGUGAACCAGCGGGACGAGCUGGUGCGGGACCUGGACCGGCGGGAGCGGACGGCGCUGGAGGAGGACGCCCGCCUGGAGCGCGGCCUCGACCUGCGGCGCCGCAAGCUGGGCCGGCGCGAGCGGUGCCGGGUGGCCUGAGCUGGAGCCCGGGACCCCCGAGACAACCCCCCCCCCCCGGAUGGGGACAUCGAGAGCCCCCCCCGAUGGGGACACCACGACCCCC